GCGUGCGUAGCGGCGCUUCCGGCCGCGGCCGUGGCACGAGCAGCAUCUUGAAAUGUCCCUAAACUGGGCAUGAAAGGCGGGUUGUAGCUGCCGCUGGUCUCCGAGAAUACAGAGAUCGGUGCGGGAUACCCUGGAGGCAGGGGGGUCAGAGGCUGGCAGAAGACUCUCUCCGCCCCUAGUGCAAGUAGAAGAGCGGAAACGGCCUGGGCACAUGUGUCUUUCGCGUCCUUAGUCUCCUGCCCAGUUCCUCGGACAGCGGCGACGAGAAAUGGGCGGGGGUGGGGGGUGUUGGUGGUAAGAGAAAUUCAGGUUAAACAGGUUUCUCUGCAGAUCAGUGCCUUUAAACCCUGAGAGCCCUCACUAUUUUAAAAAUGAAGAAAUUAAGGCUUAAGGAACUAGAGAGUCGCCUGCAACAAGUGGAUGGAUUCGAAAAGCCUAAGCUGCUUCUAGAGCAGUAUCCCACCAGGCCUCACAUCGCAGCUUGUAUGCUCUAUACGAUUCAUAAUACAUAUGAUGACAUUGAAAAUAAAAUGGUUGCCGAUCUAGGAUGUGGCUGUGGAGUACUUAGCAUCGGAACUGCAAUGUUAGGAGCAGGGUUGUGUGUUGGAUUUGACAUAGAUGAAGAUGCAUUGGAAAUAUUUAAUAGGAAUGUGGAAGAGUUUGAGUUAACAAAUGUUGAUAUGGUUCAAUGUGAUGUGUGCUCAUUAUCUAACAGAAUGUCCAAGUCAUUUGAUACAGUAAUUAUGAACCCUCCCUUUGGGACCAAAAAUAAUAAAGGUGUAGAUAUGACAUUUCUGAAGACUGCUUUGGAAAUGGCAAGAACAGCAGUAUAUUCUUUACACAAAUCCUCAACUAGAGAACAUAUUCAAAAGAAAGCUACAGAAUGGAAAGUCAAGAUAGACAUCAUUGCAGAGCUGAGAUAUGACCUGCCAGCAUCAUACAAAUUCCAUAAAAAGAAAUCAGUGGACAUUGAAGUGGACCUAAUUCGGUUUUCUUUUUAAAAGCCUCCAAAGACAAAAGCAGCUGA